CUUCAACCGUGAGCAGCUCAUCCCGAUCAGCAGCUUCUCGUUGUUCGCUCUCUUUCUCGAUAGGAGUGUGCUUUGCGUGACGAGUGUGUACGAUCGUGUGCGUGUGGUGGUGCUUAUGUGGAUACGUGCACGUGUACUAAGGUGUUAGUGCGUGCUCUACACUGUUACCUUUGAGUGUGUAUGUGUGUGCUGGUGCGUGCUCAUUCAGCUUGAAGCAAGAAGUGUACGGACAUAUUUCGUGUGUACGGAUCGCUCGCAAAGAAGAGUGCGAUCAGCGUUUACGGUCUACUACCGCAUACUAACUGCUACUACUACUACUACUACUACUACACUAUGGAUCGUGUAAGCGUAACGCUAUUAAGCUCCAGCAGCACAGCCUACCUGAUGGUGAGCUGCUUUCUGCUCACGCUGCUGAUGCUGCUGCCCGAGCUGAAGCAGAAAGUGAUCCUGCGCAGUGAGGUGUUGCAGGCGCUCCGGCAGCUGAUCGCCAGCGUUGGCGUGACGUUCGGCGCGCACGAGGACGAGCCGGUUGGGGCCGCCAGCCACGCGCUGGAGAAGCCAGCACCCGGGCCCAAAAACUAUCCCAUCAUUGGGGCGCUCAAGGAGCUGAACGGGUACGAGGUACCGUACCAGGCGUUCAGCGACAUGGGCCAGCGGUACGGUCCCGUCACGGCCCUGCGGCUCGGCUCGGUCAACGCGGUGGUCGUGAACGGGUUCGAAAGCAUCAAGGAGGUGCUGAUCAACAAGGGUCAGCACUUUGACAGCCGGCCCAACUUCCGCCGCUAUCAGCUACUGUUUUCCGGCAACAAGGAAAACUCUCUUGCAUUCUGUGAUUGGUCGGAGGUGCAGAAGGCGCGCCGCGACAUGCUCGUGCCCCACACCUUUCCCCGCAACUACAGCGGCCGGUUCGACGAGCUGAACACGAUCGUGGUGGACGAGAUUGGGCAGAUGUUGGGCUCGGUCCAGCACGGUACCACGGUCGCAAUUAAACCGCUCGUGCUGUCGAUCUGUGCCAACGCGUUCUCGCAGUACUUCGGCAGCCACCGGUUCGAGGUGGAGGACCCGCAGUUCCAGCAGCUGGUGCGCAACUUCGACCAGAUCUUCUACGAGGUGAACCAGGGCUAUGCGGCCGACUUUCUGCCGUUCCUGUUGCCGCUGCACCGGCAGAACCUGCGCCGCAUGGACCGGCUGGCGGAGGAGAUUCGCACCAUCAUCCUCGACACGAUCAUCGGCGAUCGGUACGAGCGGUGGGGCGAGGGCAGCGAGCCCCGCGACUACGUCGACAGCCUGAUCGAGCACGUAAAGGCGGGCCGCGGCCCGGCGCUCGAGUGGGAGACGGCCCUGUUCGCGCUGGAGGACAUCGUCGGCGGCCAUUCGGCGGUCGGCAACUUCCUGGUGAAGGCGUUCGGGUACAUCGUGCAGCACCCGGAGGUGCAGCAGCGCAUCCAGGCCGAGGCGGACGGUGUGCUGGAGCGGCACGGCCGCCAGGUGAUCGAGCUGACCGAUCGGGCCGAGAUGCAGUACACCGAGGCGGUCAUCAUGGAGGCGCUUCGCCUGAUCGCUUCCCCGAUCGUGCCGCACGUCGCCAACCAGGACAGCCAGAUUGGAGGUUACACCGUGGCGAAGGAUACGCUCAUCUUCCUGAACAACUACGACCUGAGCAUGUCGCCGGCGCUGUGGGACGAGCCGGAGCGCUUCCGGCCGGAGCGCUUCCUGCAGCAGGGCCGGCUGGUGAAGCCGGACUUUUUCAUCCCGUUCGGUGCGGGGCGCCGCUCGUGCAUGGGCUACCGGAUGACGCAACUGCUCAGCUUCUCGAUCAUCGCGAACCUGCUGCGCGCGUACACGAUCGCCCCGAUCGCGGGGCAGGACUAUCGGGUGCCGGUCGGAUCGCUUGCGAUGCCGGAACAGUCGUACGUCUUCAAUGUGACACCGCGCAGCUGCUGCUGAAGCCGCGCUGCCUGCAGUGACGGACCAUCCAAUACUCAACACAGAAACAUUACGCCUGUCCCAUAAUCGACUGUAGGGUUUCGGGAAGGCUAGGGAUGGGGUAGAUCGUUAGACGGGCAGAGAGCGUGUGCCAUUUGCAUUUGCAGCCGCACAUUUCUCCAUCACCGACGAUACAGAACUGAUUAGUCGCCGUGUGUGUGGAAGGAAGAAUGCGGAUCUCGCAAAAAGGCGCCCCAGGGUCACGGACAGCUGAAGGGUGCGUACCGACGCUGACGACGCGUGCAGGAUGAGGUUGUAUUGUGAAAUUAUGUUAGUAUUUUAUUUGUUUUGCCUUUAACUUUAACUUUCCACUCCAUUCGUGUGUAUUUAUAUUGAAACCUC